AUGCGGCCCCGGGCGCUGCUGCUGCUGCUGCUGCUGCUGGGCGCGCUCCGGAGCGGCGCAGCCCCGGCCCGCAAUGUGCUGCUGCUCCUGGCCGAUGAUGCCGGCUUUGAGAGCGGCGCCUACAACAACUCGGCCAUCCGGACCCCCAACCUGGACGCUCUGGCCCGGCGCGGUUUGGUCUUCCAGAACGCCUUCACCUCCGUGAGCAGCUGCUCCCCGAGCCGGGCCAGCAUCCUCACCGGCUUGCCCCAGCACCAGAACGGGAUGUACGGGCUGCACCAGGACGUGCAUCACUUCAACUCCUUCGACAGCGUGAGGAGCCUGCCCCAGCUGCUCAGCCAGGCAGGAGUCCGGACAGGGAUAAUUGGGAAGAAGCACGUGGGGCCCGAGGCUGUGUACCCCUUCGACUUUGCCUACACAGAGGAGAACAGUUCGGUCCUGCAGGUUGGGAGAAACAUCACCCGGAUCAAGGCGCUCGUCCGGCGGUUCCUGCAGAGCCAGGACGAGAGCCCCAGUACGGGGCUUUCUGUGAGAAGUUUGGCAAUGGCGAGAGCGGCAUGGGCUGGAUCCCUGACUGGAAACCACAGAUUUACCACCCAGAACAAGUGCAGGUCCCUGCCUUUGUCCCGGACACGCCGGCUGCCCGGGCAGACCUGGCUGCGCAGUACACGACCAUCGGCCGCAUGGACCAAGGUGGGAGCCGUGGGCCAGGCUGGGGCUGGCGAGCUCUGCAGCCCCUCCCUGCCCCUGAGCUCUGCCCCCCUGUCCACAGGGAUCGGGCUGGUGCUGCAGGAGCUGCGCCACGCCGGCUUCCUCAACAGCACCCUGGUGAUCUACACCUCCGACAACGGCAUCCCCUUCCCUGGCGGCAGGACCAACCUGUACCGCUCGGGCAGCGCCGAGCCGCUGCUGCUCUCCUCCCCCGAGCACCCCCAGCGCUGGGGACAGGUCAGCCUGGCCUUUGCCACCCUCCUGGACCUGACGCCGACCAUUCUGGACUGGUUCUCCAUCCCCUACCCUGCUUACAGCAUCUUUGGCUCGAGGCAGGUGCAGCUCACUGGAAAGUCUCUCCUGCCAGCCCUGGAGUCGGAGCAGCCCUGGGCCACCGCCUUCAGCAGCCAGAGCCACCACGAGGUGACCAUGUACUACCCCAUGCGGGCCGUGCAGCACCGGCAGUUCCGCCUCAUCCACAACCUCAACUACAAGAUGCCCUUCCCCAUCGACCAGGACUUGUACGUCUCGCCCACCUUCCAAGACCUGCUCGAGCGCAGCAGGGCGGGGCAGCCGACGCACUGGAACAAGAGCCUGCACCAGUACUACUACCGGGAGCGCUGGGAGCUCUUCGACUGCAGCCGUGACCCCAGCGAGAGCCAGAACCUGGCCCCCGACCCCCGCUACGCCGAGCUCUUCCAGCUGCUCCGAGCGCGGCUCCUGGAGUGGCAGUGGGACACGGGGGACCCCUGGGUGUGCGCCCCCGACGCCGUCCUGGAGGAGAAACUGAGCCCGCAGUGCCGGCCGCUGCACAACGAGCUGUGAGUGCCACCCGAGCUGUGAGUGCCACCCGAGCUGUGAGUGCCACCCGAGCUGUGAGUGCCACCCGUGCCCUGGGACAGUCCUGUGCUCCCCUGGGGCGCCAGGGCUCGGGGCGGUGUCACGGAUGGGCUGGUCCCAAACCCCGGGUGACACCGCGAGGCUCUGCCCCCUGUGCUGCACCGAGG